UCUUGGCUUUGUCUGUCUCCUAGUGUGUUGCCUCCUCCAUUCCAUUGAAAUAAACCCCCCUUUCUUUGGAUUUGCAUUUUUAUGCUCCCAAUUUUCUCUCUCCUCUCACCAUUAAUGGCGGACCACUUACUACUCUUCUUCCCUCUCUCUACUUCCUAAAAUCCACCAUUGUUUCUCUCUCUCUCCUCGAUCGACUGUUGUUUUUUCUCAGAAUUUUGAAUGUAUUGAACAUAAUCUUUCACCCAUAAUUGUGGAAAAGUUGGAACUUGAAAUAGAAGAUGGAGCAAUAUGAUGUACUAGAGCAGAUUGGAAAGGGUUCUUUCGGUUCUGCUCUUCUUGUGCGGCAUAAGCAUGAAAGGAAGAAGUAUGUGCUGAAAAAGAUUCGUCUAGCUCGCCAAACAGAAAGGACUAAAAGAUCGGCUCAUCAAGAGAUGGAGCUCAUUCGUAAGAUACGGCAUCCAUUUAUUGUGGAGUACAAAGAUUCUUGGGUUGAGAAGGGUUGCUAUGUAUGCAUAAUCAUCGGAUACUGUGAAGCAGGUGACAUGGCAGGAGCUGUAAAGCGUGCAAAUGGUGUUCAUUUUACAGAAGAGAAUCUCUGUAAAUGGCUUGUUCAACUGCUCAUGGCUCUUGACUACUUGCAUAGGAACCAUAUUCUUCAUCGUGAUGUGAAGUGCUCAAAUAUAUUCUUGACAAAGGAGAAAGACCUACGUCUUGGUGAUUUUGGACUUGCUAAAAUGUUGACGUCGGAUGAUCUUGCAUCCUCUGUUGUUGGCACUCCCAGCUAUAUGUGUCCUGAGCUUCUUGCGGACAUACCUUAUGGUUCCAAAUCAGACAUUUGGUCAUUGGGUUGCUGUAUAUAUGAAAUGGCUUCUCUCAAGCCUGCGUUUAGAGCAUUUGAUAUGCAAGCACUGAUCAGUAAAAUUAACAAGUCAACUGUAGCACCUCUUCCAGCCAAAUAUUCUGGAGCAUUUCGAGGUCUCAUUAAAAGCUUAUUGCGGAAGAACCCGGAAUUUAGGCCCAGUGCUGCUGAGUUGCUCAGGCACCCCCACCUUCAACCCUAUGUUGAAAAGAUUCAUCUCCAAACCAGGAACCCUAGAUGUAAUGGCAUAUCUGAUAUCUGGGACGAUGCUGAUUCAACCUGCAUUGAUAAAGCAACUAUACCAGAAGCAGAAGAAGAUGAAAUCGAUCCCAGUAUAUCAGAUGCUGAGCUUGGCUCCUUUUACCCUGAUGAUAGAAUAAAACCUACCUUGUCUGAUCUUGAAAGGAGGUUGGCUAAAUUAAAGGCUCAAGAUCCCUUUAAGAGGACUAUUGCUAGCAAGCCUGUACCUUCAAAAGCUUCAGAUGUAACAAGGAAUUCCAGAUUGACCCGAGCUAAAACAUUUGGCACUUCUAAAAGGCGAUCAGAGCCGUCAAGAAAUCAAGAAGCGCCUCCAUCAAGAACUCCUGUGAAACGAUCUGUCUCUGCAAACCGCACUCGCAGAGCAUCUAUGCCGAUGGCAACUAGACCUGCAAUGUAUGAAUCACCUUCGAGACCAACUGUGGAUAUCCUAAAGCGAAUCGAAUCUCCAGAUAUUUCUGUAAACUCACCUCGAAUUGAUAAGAUAGCAGAAUUUCCACUAGCAUCAUAUGAGGAGCCAUUCUUCCUAUACCAAAGGAGUUCAAUGGUCUCUAGACAGGGUUCAUCAUCCCCAGUGCAUGGUAGAUGUUCUAUCACCAAAGACAAAUUCUCAGUUCAAUUUUGUGAUACAGGAUUUUCCAAGAAGAACCUUGAUGGAAUGUGGCAGAGUAUACGAGACAAUAAGGGACAAGGAGAAGGGAAUGAUACUGUCGGAAAUUCCUCAGAUCAAAAUGCUACUGCUGGCGCUUCAAGCCAUAAUGCAUCGUCAGAUAUGCGGCGUUGUCGGUUUGACACAUCCUCUUAUCAACAAAGGGCCGAAGCUUUAGAAGGGUUGCUGGAAUUCAGUGCAAAGUUGUUGCAACAGGAGAGGUUUGAUGAACUUAACGUUUUGUUAAAACCAUUUGGACUAGAGAAGGUUUCUCCUAGAGAAACUGCUAUCUGGCUGUCCAAAAGCUUUAAGGAGACCACACCAAAGCAGGAAAGUUAGUUCAGCUAUGUUUUGUUUAGUUUGUCAAUAUUGGUUUCACCUGUUCUCGGCAUGUGGAAGCACACUCAAGUUGAGCGUCUGCGGCUGCUGAUACUGAUAUUAGUCGUUGACAGGUUUUCAAGCAUAUGCAUCUGUUAAUAAUUUUGACCUUUCCACCUUUAGAAUUAACCUUUGCUGAGGAUAGUGGGGUCUUUGAUCCAAAUUAUCCUGUGCAAGAGAUUCACAUUUAACUCGUUCUUUAUCCAGCUGAAUCCUGGAUUUACCUUUGUAACCAUCAUCUUGACAAACAUGAUAAUUCUUUCAGAUAUACGUAUUCUUUUGGUUUAAUCAUUUGUUAGAGUAAGGUUUUAAUUUACCUCAAUGUUGUAAACUGCAGCAAUCUAACUUUCCCCUUGGAACUUCUGAAGUACAUAUACAUUUCCCUUGUGUAAUGGCAUAAAAUAAUUAAGGUUAACUUCUUUUAAUUUUGUA